CUUAACGUAAAAAAAUUCACAAUUGGUCACCUCUACCAAAAGGUUGACUUUGAGCUCAAGUAACCAGUACUAACGCGGUUCAGACAAAAAGAAAAACAAUUCCCACUUUCAUUUCUUUAAUUAACCACAUAAAGCUUCUUUUGAUUCUUCACUUUCUAGUCUCACAAAAACAAGGAAAAAAAUAAAAUCAAAGUGACGAAUGUUAAUGGCGUUUUCUUCUUGUUUUCUUUUAGUUCUUCUGCAAAUCUUCUCAGCUUUACUUCUCUGUCUUGCACAAGAUCAGUCAGGAUUCAUCAGUUUGGAUUGCGGUUCGCCUAGAGAAACUAGCUUUCGUGAGAAAACAACAAACAUUACUUACAUUUCCGAUGCAAAUUUCAUCAAUACCGGUGUUGGUAAAAGCAUCAAACAAGCAUACCGGACUCAGUUUCAGCAACAAACAUGGAACCUACGGAGUUUUCCACAAGGCAUACGAAACUGCUAUACCUUAAACCUAAGCAGAGGCGACGAAUAUCUAAUCAGAGCCAAUUUCCUUCAUGGCGGUUAUGACGACAAACCCUCCACGCAAUUCGAGCUUUACCUCGGACCUAAUCUAUGGUCUACAGUUACAACCACAAACGAGACCGAAGCAUCAAUCUUUGAGAUGAUUCAUAUCUUGACCACUGAUCGUUUACAAAUCUGUCUGGUCAAGACAGGAAACUCGACGCCAUUUAUCUCCGCUUUAGAGCUUCGUAAACUCAUGAACACAACUUACUUGACUCGACAAGGGUCCUUGCAGACCUUCAUCAGAGCAGACGUUGGCGCGACUGUUAACCAAGGCUACAGGUACGGAAUCGAUGUGUUUGAUCGUGUCUGGACUCCGUAUAAUUUCGGGAACUGGUCACAGAUUAGUACCAAUCAGACAGUGAAUGUAAACAAUGACUAUCAACCACCAGAGAUUGCUAUGGUCACAGCCUCUGUUCCAAUAGACCCGGACGCACCUAUGAACAUUUCGCUAGUCGGGGUGGAGCGUACUGUGCAAUUCUACGUUUUUAUGCAUUUUGCGGAGAUUCAAGAGCUCAAAUCCAAUGAUACAAGAGAGUUUAAUAUCAUAUACAAUGACAAGCAUAUCUAUGGACCCUUUAGACCACUUAAUUUCACCACUUCUUCCGUAUUUACACCUACAGAAGUUGUCGCCGAUGCAAAUGGAAAGUACAUAUUUUCGCUUCAAAGAACCGGAAAUUCGACUUUACCUCCUCUGCUCAACGCUAUGGAGAUUUAUUCGGUUAACUUGUUACCGCAACAAGAAACUGAUGGAAAAGAAGUUGAUGCAAUGAUGAAAAUCAAGUCGGCUUACGGCGUGAACAAGAUUGACUGGGAAGGAGAUCCUUGCGUGCCGCUGGAUUACAAGUGGUCUGGUGUUAAUUGCACUUACAUUGAGAAUGAGACCCCAAAGAUCAUUUCCUUGAAUCUGUCUGCAACUGGCUUGACCGGAGAGAUAUUAGAAUUAAUAUCAGACCUUACCAGUUUAGAAGUUCUUGACUUGUCUAACAAUUCUUUAACUGGUUCAGUCCCAGAGUUUCUAGCAAACAUGGAAACCUUAAAACUCAUAAAUCUAUCAGGAAAUGAGCUAAAUGGCUCAAUCCCUGCAACUCUCCUUGAUAAAGAACGAAGAGGAUCGAUUACGUUAAGUAUCGAAGGAAAUGCCGGGCUCUGUUCAUCUGCAUCAUGUGCUACCACGAAAAAGAAGAAGAAAAACACUGUUAUUGCACCUGUUGCAGCAUCACUUGUUUCAGUCUUCCUCAUUGGAGCUGGAAUCGUUACUUUCCUUAUCCUCAAGAGGAAGAAGAGAUCCAAGCUUGGUUUGAAUCCUAAUUCAGGAACCGGUACAACACCGUUACAUUUGAGGUCUCACCACGGUUUUGAACCACCCGUUAUAGCGAAAAACCGGAAAUUGACUUACGUUGAUGUUGUUAAGAUCACAAACAACUUUGAGAGGGUUCUUGGUAGGGGAGGUUUUGGUGUGGUUUAUUACGGCGUCUUGAAUAAUGAACCAGUUGCGGUAAAGAUGCUCACUGAGUCCACUGCACUUGGUUACAAACAGUUUAAAGCCGAGAUGGCAAGAAACAUGGGAAGCCGUAUGACGGAUUCAACUAAUGAUUCUUCAGUUGAGCUUUCCAUGAAUUUCACAACAGAGCUUAAUCCAGGAGCUAGAUGAAUCAAAUCUUAUGUAUAAUUUGCUUGAAGCUAGAAGUUUCUUCGUACACACGUUUCUUUUGUUCUGUUUUUGAUGAACAGAGUCAGUCUUAAUUGUAUUCUGUUCCGGUUCUUUGUUAUUU